UUUCUGAUACCAUAUGCAGAGUUUGUUACAAAUAGUAUGAUUGGUUUUAGAGUUCAGUCUGGUGUAUGUGAAAGUAGACUAUGUCCUCCUCUUCUACAUUGCUGAUAUGCCAACACAAAAUAGUUAUGGCUUUCUAGGUAUAGAAUGUUUUUUUCCCCCUCCUCUUUUCUAGAUGGACCAAGUAGCUGAAGUGUCAAGUGUUCCUGAUGACGACGACUGGAGGAGUGAAAAUAACACUGGCAAUUCAUCCAGCGAUUACUCCGAUUGGACAGCAGAAGACAGAGAUUACCUCCAAUCACCGAGGCCUAGCUCAGUACGGUGCAAGGUGAAGAAGCACACUUCAGCACGGCGCUCGAUUAAGAAGCUGUCUAGCAGCUCAGACGAAGGGAGCUCUGCUGAUGAGUCGUCUUCAGAGACACGGACAGUAAAACAGGAUCAGAAUGAAGCAGUGGGAGAUCCAGUAAGACCACCUAUAAAUGGAGAGAUCUCGAACGAGUGUCGCCCACCUGUCUGGGUCACAGAUACCAUCCCCCACAGAUCCCCCUUUGUUCCUCAAAUGGGAGAUGAGGUAAUCUACUUUCGCCAAGGCCACGAGGCCUACAUUAAUGCAGUUACGAGAAAUAAUCUCCCCAUAUCAAACGUUCUAAAGGAGCCAUGGAAGAAAACAGUGCUGCGGGAUCAGGAAGUGGUAAAAAUUGUUGGUAUAAGAUAUGAAGUCUGCCCUCCUGUUAUAUGCUGCCUAAAACUGACUGUGAUUGACCAUGUUAGCGGAAAACUAACAGACCAGUCUUUCUCUCUUAAGUAUCACGACAUGCCAGAUGUCAUAGACUUUCUUGUGCUACGGCAGUUUUAUGAUCAUGCUCGACAAAGACAUUGGCAAGCAGGGGAUAAAUUUCGGUCUGUUAUCGAUGACGCCUGGUGGUUUGGAACAGUUAUGUCUCAAGAGCCGCAUCAGGCAGACUACCCAGACAGCCUUUUCCAGUGUUAUACUGUUAAGUGGGACAACACCGAAAUGGAAAGGCUCAGUCCCUGGGAUAUGGAUGUUAUACCUAUUGAAGUGGUUCCCCCUGAAGAACUGGGAGCUAGCAUUUCUGUAAGCCCCGAUGAGCUGGACAAUUUGUUAUACAGUCCCCAGGAGGGUGAAUGGGGGCAAGAAACUCAACAUACGGAAUGUGAACGUAUUAUUUGUGGUAUUGAUCAACUACUUCGUCUGGAUAUGGCCACUCACUUUGCAGGCCCUGUUGAUCUCAACAUCUACCCAUCCUAUUGCACGGUAGUUGCAUAUCCCACAGAUCUCAGCACAAUACGGAUGAGGCUUGUAAAUCGUUUUUACAGGAGGGUCUGUGCACUAAAAUGGGAAGUAAAAUAUAUUGCGUUAAACGCCAGUACCUUCAAUGAACCGGAUAGCGCUAUUGCGAAGUCUGCAAAGAAGAUCACAGAACUCCUGCUGAACUUCAUAAUGGACAGUAGCUGUACGGAUAUUAAUGACCUGAUCAAUUCUACGGAAGGGACUGAGCAAUGUCGUUCCUGUGACCAGAUGGAAGGACCCAAUACCCCAGAAAAAACAUGGCAAGACCAAUGCAUGGAGUUAGUGGACCUUAUUAUAGAGUGUGAAGAUUCUGAGCCGUUUAGGGAACCCGUUGACUUGGAACAGUACACGGAUUACCAGGACAUUGUAACAACCCCAAUGGAUUUUGGAACCAUUAAGAAAUCAUUGGCUGAUGGAAAGUACAGAAAUCCUGUGCAGUUGUGUAGUGAUAUGAGAUUGGUUUUCUCAAAUGCUAAGAUAUACACGCCAAAUAAACGAUCCAGGAUAUACAGUAUGGCUCUCAGGCUUUCGGCACUAGUAGAGGAUAAAAUGAAAGUCAUUAUCUCUGCUUACAAACUCGCUCAAGAUUCCCCCCAAAAAUCUGAAAGUAAAUAUCGCAACUUAAAGAGACAAAGGACAAAACCCAUUCUACAGGGCAAUAGUGCCCCUGGACGUCUCAAGCAACAAAAGACCCGGUCAUUGUUCGAGGAUGAACCUACUCUCGAGCCUUGUUCAUCACAGUCUACCUCAAAUGGCGUAAUCCCCGAUUCUGACCAGAGUAACGAGAGUGUCACAUCUGGGAGUUUUCGUGGGUCAUCGCCUGCUAAAGCUGGUACGGUUUCUGCAGAAAGUAGUGCAACAAGUUCAGAGAGUGACUCUGAGCAGAACCGCUCUGAUUCAGAAAGAGAAUCUGAUUUAACAUCAUCUUCUACCUCGUCCUCCGAACAUUCCACGUGCUCGCAGUCUUCUGACAGCUCUAAAACGGAAACCAAAAAAAAGUCCGCAUCACGACCUAAGAUAAGCCACUUCAAAUCCAAGGAAUCCAGUGCCAGGAAACAGAGAUAUGCAACUAAAAAUCCAGCGUCUCAGGGAAAAAAGAGAAAUCUGCCUAAUAAAAGGAAAAACACAAGGUAUUCUGAUGAUUCCACAUCAAGCCGCAAAGCUCGCAAAGAUAAAAGUCCGAAGAAAAUACUUCGGAAAAGUGCUGCUGUGGCGGCAAGCAAGAUAAAAUGCAUGAGUGAUGUUGAAGGCAGUGUUCCCAGUUCAGACGGUGACUACAGCGCAAGCAAAACCAGUAGAACGUUACCCCACCGGACAGCUGCAGCAGAAGCCAAGAAACGGUUAAUUGGUGCUUGUGAACUAGAAAAUGGUUUAAGGAGUGACAGUGAAACUGAAAUCCCUUGUCAGAAAAAAACAGAUGGUUUCAAAAAAUUAGAAAGUGUUUCCAAUGGAAGCAGCUCAGAUAAUAGUUCAGAAAGUGACGAACAUAGGGUAAGCAAGAAGAACCUGGACCAAAAUAUGGAGGAGCAGUCUUCGUCGGAUUCCCCUUGGUUUCUUCCACCUACCUCCACUCAACGGAAUGUUGUUGACACAGAGUCAGGGAUGUCCUCCUCAGAUGAAGACAUCCAGGUAAGUUCGAAAAAAAAUAAGCUUAGGAGAAAAAGGUCUGAAAAAAGAACAACUGUGAGAACAAGAGAAACCCAUCCAACUACCUCUGAAGAAUGUCCGGAAAGUUCAAGAAAUAUAAAGGCACCUUCUAAACCAACUAGAGUUAAUCGCCAAAACAUAUACACAGAAUCUGAUUCUGAAUGGGACAUCAAGAUCAGGCCUGUUCACAAGAGGCAGACCUCUCGCGUUUCUCCACUCUCUAGUAAAGUAAAAGUAUUGUAUGAUUCAGAAGGCACCUCGGAGUCACAAAAUGAACACAACAGUUUUUCAAAGAGUAGUAGUUCUGAGGAGGAAGUAGAUGAGCCCAAAAUAUCUACUAGCGUAGAUUCUUCCUCCGAUUCCGCAUCUUCCCCUUAUGAUUCUUCCCAGAGCUUUCAUGAAAAAAUGAAUGGAAAACAGCCUUGUGGCAAAGUAUCUAAACAAAAGAGGAAACUGAGACAGUCAAAGACUAGAUGUGAUUAUGAGCGGAAGUGCCUAAAUGGUGGUAAGUAUGAAAGCUCUUCAGAGACUAGUUGUGAUAAUGGCUCAGAGGACAUGAACCGUGGAAUGCAAAAAAAACGGUCAUCUGUCAUUUGUGAUGACUCUGACGAGGACAGUGCGAAGCAUAAAAAGAGGUCAAAGACUGUUCGUUAUGAUUCUGAGGUCAUGGACAGCAGAAAGUCCAGUAAGAGAUCAAAGAGCAGUGACUCGGAGGACAGUGUGAAGUGCAGGAAGCGUUCAAAGAACAGUCCUGAUAAUGACUAUGAGGACACUGACUGUAGUACACGCAAGAAAUUAACUCGUCGUUCUAAGAUAUGUACAAGAAACCAAGGUAAGAGGACUGUGAGUUACAAUGACGAGGACAGCCUUGUGUCAAUGGAUGAAAAUGUGAGGCCGAGGUCUUCCAGACAGAGCUAUUCACAGAAGGUUGUGUCCAAGUCAAGAGUAAGUCAGUUCUUUCGCUGAACAAACUACAGUGGAGUGCACACUUGGCUACAUGCAAAAAUUCAGGGAAUAUUUUAAUACGUUUCUAAAUAAUAAAAAGAAAAAAAAAAAGUACUAAAACAAUGAAUGUGAUUUAAGCCGUGAUGUUUUGUCAAUUUGCACUUUUGUCUCUAAAGCACAAAUGCCAACCUGUGCCUCAAGUCUAAUAUCCGAGAUUGAAAUUAUUUUUUGAUUUUGUUCUUAUGAGCUAGAAAUGUCUAUUUGACACUAAUUUUGCACUGUGUAACUUUGUGUUUACAAGCAUCAUUUGAUGUUAGAUUUUGUAUAUAGCUUUUGUUUUGAAACUUGAACAUCAAAUUCCUUGAUACAGAGGGUACGUUAGUGCCACUUACUGCACCAACAGUAUUUAACUUUUGUGAUAAAUAUUUUCACUAAGAAAUUGAAAUGCCUUCAUUUAUACGUGGUUUGCUUGCUUUAGCUAAUACAGGUUGGCUUUCAGCUUCCUUUCAAAAGCCUAGAGCCAUUUUGAUGUUAAGAUCCAUUUUUUUUUUCCUAAUCAUUUGCAUAGCAAAUGUUUUUUUGUUUUUUUUUUUUGGCUAAGAAAGCAUAGUUUACAUAAACAUGUUAACUGGCGCAUUCAUUUAUUUUAUUUUCAUUCAGAUUUAUGCAGUGCUGUGUAGAUGGAAGAUUCAAUUAUAUGACAAAAACUUACUUUAAAUGUUAUACUCUUAACACUCUGUAUAUUUAAGAAAGUUUUUUUUUUUUUUUGGUAUUCAUUACAUUUGAUAUUGGUUCUUACUCUGUUAUCUGCCAAGUCCAUUGUGCAAAAAGCGAUGGGAUGGGACUAAUUAAUGAAGAUCUUGCAACCAGGUCAAUCAAACCAUUUGCCAUUUACCCUCGUUUUAAAGGGAUCGUGUGUGAGGUGCUGCUUACGUUAUUUAAUAAAUGAAUACACAUUUCUUAUGUUUUAAUAGGCAUGUGAGUUUUUAUUAGGUUGUUGUUGUUUUUUUCAUGAAUUGAUCCUAAUACAUGAGGCAAAUUAUUGCACUGCACUGUUUGCAGUCAGCCACACUUCAGUGUGUUGAACCCUGGCAGGUUUUCAUUCUAAAACUUCUUUUUCCCAUUGUCAAAUUAUUUUCUUUCCCAGAUAAAGUUCUAUGCAAUAUUAAAACAAUUAUUAAAAA